AUGGUCGCCCAGAGCCCCGAGUUCAACCAAUCUGGCCCCACCGAGUUUGUGUUCCAAGCCUUCACCUCGGUCCCUGAAUUCCAGGUUCUCCUCUUCCUUCUCUUCCUCCUCCUCUACCUGAUGAUCCUGUGCGGCAACACGGCCAUCAUCACGGUGGUCUGCACCCACAGCUCCCUCCGCACCCCCAUGUAUUUCUUCCUAUGCAAUCUGUCUUUGCUGGAAAUCUGCUACACCACCGUGGUGGUGCCCCUGAUGCUUGCCAAUAUCUUGGGGGCCCAGAAGCCCAUUCCACUGGCGGGCUGUGGGGCCCAAAUGUUCUUCUUCAUCACCCUUGGCAGCACCGACUGCUUCCUCUUGGCAGUCAUGGCUUAUGAUCGCUAUGUGGCCAUCUGCCACCCGCUGCACUACACGCUCAUCAUGACCCAGAGGCUGUGUGUGCAGAUGGUGACGGGUGCCCUGGGCCUGGCACUCUUCCUGUCCCUGCAGCUCACGACCUUGAUCUUCACCCUGCCCUUCUGCGGCCACAGGCGACAGAUCAACCACUUUCUCUGUGACGUGCCACCCGUCCUGAGGCUGGCCUGUGCCGACACCCGAGUGCACCAGGCUGUGCUCUACGUGGUUGGCAUCCUGGUACUUACUUUGCCCUUCCUGCUCAUCUGCAUCUCCUAUGUGUUCAUCGCCUUUGCCAUCCUGCGCAUCCGCUCGGCCGAGGGCCGCCGUCGGGCCUUCUCCACCUGCUCUUCCCACCUCACCGUGGUCCUGCUGCAGUAUGGUUGUUGCAGCCUGGUUUACCUGCGCCCCCGCUCCAGCACCUCUGAAGAUGAGGACCGCCAAAUUGCCCUGGUCUACACCUUUGUCACCCCUUUGCUCAAUCCCUUGAUUUACACCCUGCGGAACAAGGAUGUCAAGGGCGCUCUCAGGAAUGUCAUUGUCGGGAAAGUUGCCUCCUAA